UGUGUUUUAUGUGAAUGAUGGUUUUUCUUCUAAUGAAAACGAAAAUCUUUAUGCAACUAGUUCUUUGAAAAAUUGUUACGACUCUAGUCGGUGGAAAGUAGAUUCUUUUGGAGUCAUAACUGAUGCGCCAUCGAAUUGUUUUAUGAGAGCUCCAGGUGGUUAUGAAGGCAUUUCGGGUAUAGAACAUAUCAUGGAACACAUUGCUUCUGAAAUAAAUAGAGAUCCAAUAUCAGUUCGUAUAGCUAAUUAUCGUCGAGAAGAUAAUGAUUUACCCGUUUUGGUUCCUGUCUUUUUGGAUAGAGUAAAUUAUAGAACUAGAGAGGAAAAAAUAAAACAAUUUAACGAAAAGAACCGGUGGAAAAAGAGGGCUAUAAAAUUUACAAACAUGGCAUUUCCGUCGGCUUAUCUCGGUAAUUACGGAGCUUUGGUGUCUGUUUAUCACGGGGAUGGAAGUGUUGCUAUAAAUAUCGGUGGUAUUGAAAUAGGCCAAGGAGUUUAUACGAGAAUGGCUCAAGUAGCGGCCAAUGAAUUCAGGAUUCCUGUUGAAAAAGUAGCUGUAUUGCCGAGUUACAAUUUUGCAACACCAAACAAUUUUGCCACGGGAUCUAGUAUAACAUCAUCGUGUAGUGCCUAUGCAGUAAUAAGGUCAUGUGAUCAGAUUAACGAAAGGUUAGCACCUAUUCGCGCUGCUAUGCCAACAGCUACUUGGGAGGAAAUAGUGUAUGAAGCCGACCUUCGGGGUAUAUUAUUGCAAGCAAAUUAUAUGACAAGCGAGUACGAUCCUCGCAUGAUCAACUAUACGAUCUUUGGCGUGUCCAUAAUUGAAGUUGAAAUAGACGUAUUGAGUGGUAGAAAAUGGAUAGUUCGCGCUGAUAUUUUAGAGGAUGCUGGUCGGAGUAUAAACCCAGCACUAGAUAUGGGGCAGGUCGAAGGUGCAUAUGUACAGGGGUUGUCGGCGUGGAUGAUUGAGGACACAAUAUAUGAUGAACAUAUUGGAGAAAUAUUGACAGAUCGCACGUGGAACUACAAAAUUGCGGGAGCAUUAGAUAUACCAAACGAUUUUAGAGUAUAUUUACGCCGUAGAACUGUAAAUCCUGUUGGAAUUCUAGGAUCAAAAGCUGUCGGAGAGCCACCUAUAUGCAUGGCGCAUGUAGUUGUUGAUGCAUUACGAGAUGCAGUACAGGCUUCCAGACAUGAUAGCAGAUACAACACAAAAGGAUUCCUUGACAUACAUGUUCCAGUUACCAACAAGAGCGUUAUGGAAGCAGCCAACGUAAAAAUAAAGGAGUAUUUACUGCACUAAUCUUAGCCGUGAUACCAUUUGUGAAACACGAAAUGUAAGGAUAAUUACAACAGACAUCAUUUUGAUUUAAAUAAAUAAAUUACAGGUCAAAUUAGCAGCGUCUAUAAUAAAUUAUUUCAAAGAAAGCACUUAUACGUAUAUGAAUAACGUAUAAGUAAGUAAGGUAGACAGAUUGUACUUCGAUAUUAUAUUAUGAGUUUAUUAGUAUUUCUUUUUGUAAUCUAAACCUAGCUGAGAAAAUGUAGUAACAAGU